GUCCUGGAAUCUUGACCCGAACUCUGCUCAAUGCAGGUGUUAGAGUCGUAGCUCUAGAAAGUAACUUAGCUUUUCUUCCAAACUUACAGUCCCUAGAGAAUAGCCUGGAUGGACAAUUAAAGGUAAUUUAUGGUGACUUCUUCAGACUGGAUCCUUUGGUGACUGGAACGGUGAAGCCACCUGCUAUGUAUUCUGACAAACUUUUUGAAACCAUGGGUGUAGCAGCAGUUCCUUGGAGGGCAGAUGUACCUCUGAAAAUUUUUGGAAUCUUACCACAAAAAAAGGAAAGGAACACACUUUGGAGGCUUCUUUUUGCCCUGUAUGAAUGCAGUUCCAUAUACAAAUAUGGAAGAGUAGAACUCAACAUCUUUAUAAGUGAAAAAGAGUACAAGGUAUUAACAGCAAAGCCUGAGGAAACGAGGAUUUACCAAGCACUUACUGUACUUUGGCAAGUAGGAUGUGAAAUUCAGCUAUUGCACAUGGAACCUUGGUCAUCAUUUGUAACUAAUUUGAAAAAUGGGGGACUGGCAGUACCAAAAAGCAUGAGGCUGCCAAAUGACCAUUUUUGUUUGGUACGAUUGACUCCUCAGAAAAAUUUAUUUACAGGAGGCUUGGAGCCCACGAAUUCAGCUACCUUUAUUUUCAUGGUGAAACAGUGUCUUGCUAAACCGAAGUCUAGACUUAUUGAUAGAUUAAAUUCAUGGAGCUUGGACAGUGGUGACCAAGUACUGAGCAAGCUAGAAAUUCCAGGAAAUGCUGAAGCACGUAACUUAUACCCAGAAGACUAUAGGCGUCUUUUUGAAGCUUUGCAAAACUCUAAUGUGUUUACUGACACCUGGUUCCAUGAUGAAGUCUUUGAAACUAUAAGGAACAUAAACUUGUAA